CCAGCCCCACGGAGACGAGGACGGGGCCAAAGAGCCGCCGCGAGGCACGGGCAGACAGCUGCCUCAGCUGCAUGGGAGGCCCCCCAGGGGCCAUCAGGGUCAGCAACAGAACCACCCUUCCGCCAGAGGAGCCCCGCAGUCACGAAGGUCCCAGGAAUCCUUGCAACUGUCCACCCCAAAGUACAACUUCCCCGUGAACAGAUUCUUGCUCACGCGUGAUCCCAAAGACAGAUCUGUGGCAGGUGAGAGGGACUGGAAUGGUCUCGGUAUGAGAGUCUUUGGAGGAAAAGAAAUUCCAGGCUCUGGAGGGGUCCUUGCCGCUUUUGUAGCAAGGAUAUACCCUGGCGGGGUCGCUGACCGAGCAGGAGACAUUCGAGAAGAUUUGCGUAUGCGUCCAGGUGACCAAGUUCUAGAGUGGAACGGGAUUCCGUUGACGGGCAAAACGUUUGAGGAGGUGCAGUCAAUACUUGCCCAGACGCAGACAGUGGAGGAAGUUGAAGUCGUUAUUCGAAGCCGGCAGGGUUCCUCGCGGUCUGGCUCCGCUCCACGCCUCGACGUGGACCAGGACAGAGUGCAGGACCGAGUCCAGGACAGGGACCGCGACAGGGGAGCGUAUUCGAAGGGGAAGCCGUCGCCACUCGCUGGACAUGAAUGGAAACGCCAGUGUGAGCAGCCGGGAACGACAUGGAAGCUCAUCCACCCACGGUGACGACGGAAGACGGAAGUAUUCUGAGGGGGACGCCCUCUCCGAAGGUACUGUUGCCACAGAGGCUAACGUAGCUCACAGAGGAAGCGCCGGCAACAGUCUAGGCGAACUCAGCCUGCAGGUCUGCUACGACAAGCAAGCAAGCAUCUUGUACCUUAUUGUCCACAAAGCACGAAACUUGCCUCCAAUAAACAACCAGGGUAAUCUGGCACCGCCCGACCCGUACGUCAAGGUGUACCUGCUACCUGGAAGAAACCUGGAGAACCAGAGACGCACAAAGGCAUGUUCCCGGACUCAGGAACCUGAGUGGAAUCAAACCAUGGUUUAUGAGGGUGUUCCACCCGAAGAGCUUCCCACUCGAUACCUCGAAGUUACCACCUGGAACUACGAUGUUUCUAAGCCGAACCCUGCAAUGGGCGGCGUGCUCCUGGACCUAAGUGAUACGUCGGUUCUCGACGAAGAGCCCGUCUGGUACACUCUGAUGGACGGUCCAUCCCUUCAGGCCGCACUUUCCCGCCUCACCAGCAAGCGCACUGGUUCUGUUUCUACUUCUAUCUACGGCUCCGGGACAGUGAACCAGAAGGCGAGGAUGGCCUCUCGCAACCCCAUCCUGUCCACGGCAGCCACCAUGGGCGCCCCGCUCGGCUCCCAGGGCUGCCACGGCGGCUUCUGCUGCGUCUUGUAGCGCUGCUUCUUGUGGCGCCAGUUCUUCUUCUCCUUCCGCGCUGUGGUUGUUGCAGCUUUGUUUGUGUCCUCCCCGAGUUGCUGAUGUUGCAGUGAAUCUUCUUCUUCAUCUUUUUCUUCUUCGUGCCUUUGGACUAAAUAUGUAAAGUUAAAGAGGUCGAAGACUGUGUAGUUGCUUUAGCUGUGGAGCGUGUGUACAUAUUUGUGUAAAUUUGGCUAAACUGUGUUCUGUGGUCCGUUUUGGACGAAAGCGCUAUGCGAUACCUACACCAGUUAGCGCCUUUAAGGCUUGAGCUAUCUGGUAUAUCAUGUUGUUCAUAUCCUGUUAAAUUUUGUCGUAUUUUUAUUGGAGUUUAUUUUUCCUUAUUCUAGAGUACCAUUCGUUUCCAUAUCACUAAAACGCAUCAUUACGCUUAUUAUGGUUCGUGAAAGAUUUUACUAUGUAAGAAAUGUUUCAUCUAUCUCUCUCCGAAUCCCUUUAAUUGGGAUAGUCGGCUACACAACAAGUAAACAUGGGUCAAUAAUUUUGUGAAGAUUUCGUUCGUGUGACGUCGAUGCAUGAACAGCUCCGGGCCUCGAAACCCUAUGAAUCACUUGCAUCGUUGAAGUUAUAUUGUAACCAAUCAGGAUUGGUUAAAUGGACUUGUCAGGAAGGUCUUUAUUCUAAAUUAAUAUCGUUUGUCUCGACAAAUCACCUUCAUCUAUUGAAUUUUAUUUUUUAUUUCUAAGAAAGCAGAUAUCAUGUUACUAUAUAUGAAACAUAUACGAGACUGUUGUUCCCUUUGCUCUUACCAGAGGGAAAUUUAUGUCAAAUCUAAUCCAAAAGUUUCUUUUAUCAGUCACAUCUACAUAUCAAGAGUGUUUUAGCACAUAAACGUAGAGUUUCCCUGGUGUAUAACAAAAUAAUAAAUUAUUAAAUCCCGGUUGUGUAGUUCCUUCAAUCUCGUUGUUGAGAUCUUUGGUGCUGGCUGUACGCUUGCUGUUCCUUUAACUUGGAUAAUGUCUUAAGAGAUACGAGCUGGGAAAAGGCCUGUGGUAAUCCAUUUUUAUUCAUUUCCUUUUAUAAGUAUAAAAUCUCAGCUUCCAGUAAAACGUUCAAUCAUCUUUUAAAAACCAUCUUCUUUACUUCAAAUUUUCAAUAUUAACAUUUCAACUAUAAUUCUAUUUCUUGUCUUUGCUUGCACCCCCUUUCAACAUAAGAGUUCGCGAAAGUCGGGUUUCAUGGUUCCUGCCGAGCCCGAGCGCUGAUUGUCUGACAAUAAGGACUUAAACAAUCUGUAAAAUGCAUUUGCAUUAUAUAUUGCCAUGCAAUAAAGCACAGACUAUAAAUUGUGCCGCUUAUUUUCUUAAAUGAGUGAUAUCCAGUUCUUUAUUAAAAGGCAUCUAACGUAGUUAACACUGAAUAUAACACAACUUGUAGUAAAACAAAUAUUUAUAGUAAGCUUGUGGAGAUUCAAAUCAUUUUCUUCCCAGUCUACAUAGUAAAAAUGACGCUGUAUGAGCUAUUUAUAAUAAAAUUGACGUACUUUAGAGUUGGAACUAAAAGGAAACGUGUGAAUGAUGCAGGCUCCCGCUCAAAUUCCCGAUUCCCCACUUCUCCCUUAUCUGCUUUACAAAUGUAUAAAAGCCUUGUACAAAUUUAGAGGCUAUUGUUACUUGGACCUCGUCCUCUGCCGUGAUUCCUACAAAAAUAUGUGUGAUACAAUUAUUGAUUUUGUUGCCAAAUUUCUCUUUUUGUGUGCGUGGUAUCGGUCUUGACCGGUGUUAUAAAGUAUAAACUUUGUUGGGUUUGAGAUUCUGUAAAAUCGACUGUUACAAAAUAAAGGUUGUGCCGUUGAA